CAGCUUCCCAGGGAAAGCUGAGCUUGUUCCAGUGCCACCAUGAAAUUCUUCACUGUCCUGUUAUUUGCCAGCCUUGCUGCCACCUCUCUUGCUGCCCUGCCUGGGUCCAAAGAUGAACUCUACAUGAAGACUCAGCCCACAGAUGCCACUGCCCAGUCCACUCCCACCAGCCACACCAGCAAGGAGAGUACUUCCAGUAAGGACCUUUCUAAGGAGCCUUCCAUCUUCGAAGAAGAGCCGGCUUCCAAAGAUAAUGUGGUGAUAGAAUCUACCAAACCAGAGACUCAAGAGGCCCAGGAUGGGCUUAGGAGUGAGUCAUCACUGCUGGAAGAGACUACAAGCCCCAUCACCUCAGCUGCAACCACCUCAGAGGAAAAACUGACUAAGUCAAGCCAGACAGUGGAGAAAGAACUGGGUAAAAUAAUUGAAGGAUCUAUAAAUGGUGCAGAAGGCAUAAUCCCUGGUGCCAAUGGUAUCAUGAAGCCAUGAAGACAAAAAAAAUGCCUAACCACUAAAUCUCCUGCUAGGUGGUGCCUUCAUCACUCAUAUUCUGCUCA